CAACGCUUAGGAAAAAAAGAACCAUCUUCAAUAAUUAAAUCCUAGUUUGCUUGCGGGUGCAACAUCCGGCAGCCUUGUGACCCACUGCAAUAUGUGUGACAGACGAAAGGUGCCUUGGCUACGGAGAUGAUGUGGACACCUCCGGAGAUUUAACUUUCAAACUCGGAUUAUCACGAGAGCAUGAAUGUCCUGCUUCCCAGACCGGUUAUGCUUUUCCACGGGCUUUUCUGGGAUUUGGACCUUACUAAAUAGCUCUAUCGUCCAUUUAUGCAUGACAUAUGGACUGCCUUACCAGCCCUGCUGAUUCAAUCAGCACUGGGCCAACAGCCUGCUGGUACUCAGAUGUUUGUAAACUAUCCAGGCCUCAGUGAUGGAUGCAUGGAGGCAUUGGCAACCACUGUCUCUUGCCCGCCCUUUCUCCCUGUUAUCUCUCAGAACAAUGCCGUUCUGGAUGAAGAUACUGUCAGAGAACUCUGUGUCGCUGGUUGCUAUAGCUCCUUGAAAGCAGCUAGAGCUACUAUUCAAGCUGCCUGCACUGCGAGUACUGAUAUGAUUGUCUAUGAAGGUGUAGCAUACCCAGCUACGUUCAUCGCUGAUAACUACAUGUUAACAUUUGACGUGUCUUGUAAAAAGGACGAAGCGGGAAAUUACUGCGACCCUCUAUUCCUCUCCAGGGAAAAUUCUGUCGCACCAAACAUGACUGCUGCCUGCUCGGACUGCUGGUUGGGAGUAUUGGAGGCUCAACUAAACCACCCCUUGGGAUAUGACGAAGGAUUGGAGAAGAAGUUCAAUUCCUUGACAUCCAGCUGUAGUGCCACAGGUUAUAGCGUCACUUCUCCAGCCCCAUACGCGCUGAACGCAACAGCAACAGCAACUUCAGUUAUUACCACUGCUACUUCCACACCAGCCUGCGAGGUGUCUUACGAAGUGGGACCGUCAGAUAACUGUAACUCUGUGGCGAAGUCUCUAAGUGUCUCUACAUAUAGCUUGCUGCAAGCCAACUACUUGGACCUGUAUUGUCAGACCUUUGCUACCCUGGUGGGUCAGAGCCUUUGCGUGCCUCCUAAAUGCACCACAUACACUUGGCAGGUGAGUGAUACAUGCGACAGUGUGGUGGGCAGUCUCAAUAAUGUUACUCUGCCGCAAUUCCUCGCAUGGAAUCCAAAUUUCAACUCUUUGUGUCUCAAUAGCCCCUUCUUCAUUGGAUAUGAGGUCUGCAUAAGUCCUCCAGGUGGUUACCUCAAUCACACCUUAGAUGGUAAUUAUGGCUCAACACCAACCGGUGAUACCAGCGGCAUCGCAGCGGUCCCGACCAAUGCUGUACAUGGUAGCUCCCGCAACUGUAGUCGGUGGUAUAUAGUUGUGGAAGGGGAUGAAUGUGGCCUGGUUUCCCUGGCCCAGUCCAUUUCUCUGACAGACUUUUACUUUCUCAAUCCGGAGAUUGACGAGAAUUGUAGUAAUCUGCAGCUCGGUAAGGCGUACUGUGUGAAGCCCGUUGGCUCUAUCACCAGCUACCCCAAUUAUACCGUCACUGGUGUUUUGCCAAUCACUGUCACCCCUGCCACAUUCCCAUCUGUGAAUACCGCCAUACCGACACGCACGAACGAUCCUGGCUAUGAGUACAUCGAACCCACGCUUCUCCCUCCUGCCCCGGGAACAAUUCCAGACUGCUAUCUAUAUCAGAACCCCCCUCACUUCACCAAGCUCUGCCGGGAUCUUGCGUGGGAUAACAACAUAUCGGGAGAAGACUUGGCAAAAUGGAACCCUAGCCUAGAGAAAGAUAUGGCCAACUGCACUCUCACGUCGACAUAUAGUUACUGCGUCAAGUACAAAAAUAGCGCUUCAACCGACUAUACCUCUUACUGCCUGCCUAUUGAUGCCACAGAGGCCGGCACAGUCUCCAAUUGUAACUGCUUCACUUCGAUCGAUGGUUAUGACGCCGGAGACUACACAUGUGAUGACAUGGCAUCAGCCUAUGGGGUGACAUUGGCCGAGCUUUUAGCCUGGAACGCUUGGCUAUCAGGAGAUUGCGACACCGCCCUCUUUGCUAAUCUCAACAAUACUGCCAGCCGCGCUGUUUGUAUUGGCGUUGGCUCUAAGAGUGCUGUCACAACCACAGCCAGCACUAGAUCUAGAACCGCAACUAGAACAACGGCAACCGUGGGACCAACUCAAACUGGAGUUGUGUCUGGAUGUCAUCUAUUCCACACUGUGAUAGACGGCGAGGAUUGCCUAUCGAUCGAGAGGGAGUAUGGUAUUACCCUGGCUCAGUUCUACCAAUGGAACCCGAGCAUUGGCAGUGCUUGCAACAAUCUCUGGUUGGGCUACGCGUACUGUGUAAAGGGGCCGGGCUCAUCCACCACGGCCACGUCCUCAAUUGUGAGUCCGAAUGGUCCCACGCAGACGGGAACUGCACCCAACUGCGAUCAUUACUACACAGUUGUGAAUGGUGAUUCAUGUGAUCAUAUUGAGACCACGUAUGGGAUCAGUUUUGCGCAACUGUAUGAGUGGAACCCUAUGAUUGGCUCAAACUGUCAGACUUUGAGAGUUGGAUAUUCUGUUUGCGUGGCAGUCUCUGCAACUGUACCCACACAACCUGGGACUACAUCUGAUUGCAAUCGCUACUAUACUGUUGUUAGUGGUGAUUCAUGCAGCCAUAUCGAAACAAUGUAUGGAAUAACCUUCGCUCAACUGUAUGGGUGGAAUCCUGCCAUUGGAUCGGACUGUCAGACUUUGGGUGUCGGGUAUGCUGUUUGCGUUGGAUUAUCCUCUUAGGUAUACUGUCUCGGAUCGAAUAGCGAUUCGG